AUGGAGCUAGCUCUUUUUCUCUACAUUGUUUUCAUCCGGAUUCAGAUGUCGUUAUGUGUUUCUAACAUAGAAGACUACAUUUUGCAGAAUUACAGUUCGACAAUGAAGCCUAGAUGGAAUCAAAACGAGAUUGUCAAUGUCAGUAUUUAUAUGAGCAUCGACUCCGUCGAAGAGGUAGAUGAAAAAUUACAGCAAAUCUCCAUUUUUGCUUGGUUUAAUGUUCAGUGGGAUGACGAAUUUUUGAUCUGGAACGAGACAGAAUAUUCCGAAAUUAAGAUAAUCACCGUGCCCUAUCAGAAGGUUUGGGUACCGGAUCUGUGUAUCUUGAACUCAAAAGACAACAACCACGACCUUGGACCACACCCGACUGUAACAGUAACAUCAAAUGGUCACGUGAUGUGGUUCCCAGGAGAGAAAAUUGUUGCUACCUGUGAUAUGAAAAUGACCAAAUUCCCCUUUGAUGAACAACAAUGUGAAUUUGAUGUUUCUCCUUGGCAAAUUACCGACCAGAUUCAAAAACUUAUUCCAAGGAAUCGGUCCAUCAACGAUGCGAAGUUGAUAUCAGAGAAUGGAGAGUGGGAAAUAAUGACUUUCACUUACAGUUCAGAGUAUCUUACAGAAUUCGAUAUGACUAUUAUACAUUACUCACUACGCCUUAGAAGACGGUAUCUGUAUUUUGUGCUCAAUAUGCUUGUACCCAUCAUGACACUUUCUAUUUUAAAUUCAGUGACAUUCUUCAUUCCUUUGGAAUCAGGGGAGAGAAUUCAGUAUUCUCUCACACUUUUUCUAGCUUUUACCGUAUUUUUAACUAUAUUUGAAAAAAUGAUGCCACAGAAUUCCACCGCUGUUCCCUACAUUUCUGUGUAUGUCGGAUUCCAGUUACUUCUUUGUGUCAUCUCGACAGUGGUCUCUGUUGUAGCCACGUCAGGACUGAAGACGUUGAAUGAUACAAGUAAGGACAUUAAUAUAAUCAAUCCCCCGGUUGCAAAUCAACCCAAAACUCCAAAUGAAGACAGGAAUCAGGACAAAUUCAUGGAGAUAGAUGACGAGGUACAUGUAGAGCGCAACAAUGGCAUAUUUACAUUGAACAACUUUGAACGUAAAACGAAUUUUGCCAUGAUUCUAUUCAACACUGUCUCGCAAAUUCUUUCAGUGGCAGUACUUUUUCUACUGUACUGGAUUUGA